AUGUUACAACAAAUUCAUAAUUUGAACUUGACCAGUCAGUGUAGACUUAUUACUGAUUCAUUUAUUAGCGAUAUUACUAACUUUUGCCCGAAGCUUGAACAUCUCGAUAUCGGAGGCUGUGAUGUUUCUGAUAUAGUCAUCUGUAAUAUUGUACGCUCGUGUACAAAUGUUGGUAAAGAUGCGUUAAGUAAACUUAAUCCAAAAAUUAAGAUAAAGCGGGAUUCGACACUUGAUAUGGAGCCAGAAGAACUCGAUGAACUCCGGACAUCACUUGUUUAUUUAGUAGGGGAUCUAUGGUUAACUUAUGCAAAUCUUGGAGAUAUUGUACAAUAUUGCGAAGACAAGAUUAAAGAUAAUUAUUAUCAAAAGUCAAUUGUGGAAUUGAAGCGAGAUAUGAGAAAUAUGGCUGAAAGACUGGGUUUGAUGAUAAGUAUCUACGGCCUUCAACCUACAAACCCAGAAUUAAAUACUAAAUUUGCUAUUACUGAGUUUGUUCCGCGUGAUAUAAAAUCUCUUGUGAUAUUUCGUUCUAAUUCAAUUAGAAUUGAUCUUAAACGAUUAAUAAAUCCAGAAAUGAAUCUGUUUGCAUCCACUAGAUUCUGUUCAUUAUCAUCAUCGGAAUCAGAAUCAGAAGUGUUAGACGAACCAGAAUCGGACUGUUCAUUGGGAAUAAUCCUACUAGUAUCUCUGAUAUAA